CACCUGCAGGUGGAUGCGAGGCUUACGCCUAUCGGGCUCGACCGAGGCACUCUAAUGCGGGACAGCCUCCGUCUGCACGGCGGGGUGGUCUACCCCGGGAUCCGGGCCCUGCCGGCCGAGAAGGGCCGGGAGGGGACGUCCCUGCCCCUGGGUUACGGCCGGGACGGCCUCCCGGAGCUCAUCUACAAGCCUGACGGCUCCAUGGACAGCCGCAAGCCGACCAACGGCUACCUAGGCCUGUACAAGGGCGCUCCGCUGGGCCUCCACAAGCCUGUGAUGGUGCAGGGGACCGGAGCGGAAGGCCUGGGCCUGGAAUGUAGAGCGGGUGGGCCGGGGGACAAGAGGGCAUCAGAGCUGAGCCUGGCUGGCGCCGGCGGUAGCUACCUCCGUCUGCCCUGGCUCAGCCCCUACCCCGAGGCCAACAUGUAUCCCUAUAUGGACUCCUCCAAAUACGCCGCCCUGAGCAUGUACAAAGCCUCCCUGCUUAGCCAGCCCAACCCCUACCUCCCCCAGCACCUGGCCUACCCCUCGCUGUGUGCCGCCCAGGGGGGCAGUGUGAACCAGGCCGCCGCCUCCGCUGCCGAGCGGCUGUACUACAUGCCACCCUAUCCGCCCUCUCCCAUCUCCUCGCCCAUGGUGGCUCCCCCGAUGAGGAUUCCCGCGGUGACGGUGGCCCCCACCUCCAUGGUGCACUGCCAGGACAAGGGGCUUAGCGUGGGCUCGCCGUUCGGACAGCAGCUCCACCAGCCCUCGUCCCACACCCAGCAUCACCAGGCCAACCCUGACAGAGACAGAUCUCCAAACAGGAGCAGCAAAACAAACAGACCCCCUUCCCGCAAAAGCCUUGGCAGUAGUAACGCUGGCGGUAACGGUGGUAACGGUAGUAGCUCUGGCAGCGGCAACAACAACAACAACAGCGGUGGAAACAACGGCAGUAGCUCCAUCGACUCUUCUCCUCGUGCCUCUUCUCGCAUCCCCCACCCUCCCCAAGCUCUGUCCGAUGGCUCUGUGGACUUACAAAGACCGGUGGCUAGAAUGGGUCAACCGCCCACCUCUUCCACCUCUUUAUUAUCCUCCCAGUCCAUUCCCCAUCCGUACUCUGUCAACGGCAUGGCACCAGAGCAGCCCUCUCCGGCCCGACCCAGUCCCCAUAAGCCCCGGCCCAGGGACGGCCCGUCGGAGCAAAGAGCCGAGCGAGGCGAGAGGAGAGCGAGCAGGUCCCCUUCCAAACCCAGUUUCGACCGGGCUGCUCAUCAGUCCUCUGCAACCAAAGACCCGGCGGAGAAGCCCCUGGACCUCUCUGGAAGGAUGCUUGAGUUUGGCCUGCCCCCUAACGGCUACCCUGUAAAGAUGGACGCUUUGACUCCAGGGGCCCGCUACGGGCUGCCCCCCAGCCGUGAGCUCUUAAAGGAGACCCUUUCCCUGUCUCCUCCUUUGCAUCCCCACCCGGUGGGCAGCAGCACUUCCUCCAAGGUCUCCGAGAGGCCCGAGAUAAUCAGCACUUUACACUCCUCCUGGGUGGUGCCCAACCCGUCCCCAUCCCAUGCUCAGCACAUGCCGGGUUUACCCUCUUCCCCGAGGCCCAACCCCAGCCAGGACCCAGGCUCAGUCCAAGCCAAAAGCUCCUCCCCGUCGGUCAUCAAACACAAGGGCCUUGAGAAGGUGCUGCCUCAGCAGCGCAGCUCCUCCUGUCCACGGAUAGGAGAGCCCAACCACACCAUGCCCUCCGCCCAACACCCUAGCUCAUCUCUCAUCCCGUCCAGGCCCGUUUCCCCGAGGCCCAACGGGGACUGGCCCAAACACAGCCCCAACCCAUCAGAACAUCACCAUCACCGAGAGGGGGGAGACAAGUCCUCCCAGUCCUCUAAGAGAGGGGAGACGGCUCCCGAUGUAACUUCAUACAAAAGGCAGUGUUUGGAGAACGGUCACCUUUACCUCUCCCAGAGCGACGCCUACUUGAACCACAGCUUGGCCUAUGCCAAUAGAUACCUGCAAUACUCUGUCCCCGAUGGAAUGGCCCUCCACUCCCUUCCCCUGGGGGCCAAAGGCCCUGUUUACCCUCACCCAGUGUUAUUGGGCAGCAACAGCCUUUACCCAACCCACUUGGCGGCCAAGCACCCCUUACCAUACCACAACCUGGCCGCUCCAUCUGGGGGAGAGUACCUCACCUUUAACUCCCAGGAGAUGUCCCACCCCCUGAUGCAGACCCACACCGAAGCUAAGCUCCAGGAAAGGGGGGAUGUGAGCCUAAAGCCCAGGGGAAUAGACAAGCCCAGGAGUCGGGCGGAUGAAUGUGGAGGGGACCGGGCCGGAGCCAUGGCUCGGUGUGAAGGGAGCCAAAGGAUACUGGAGAAGGGCGCGGGGGAGCCGGGUGCAAGCCACGCAAACCCGCCGUCCUCUUCUGCAUCGUCGAGGGAGAGAAUCGUCUGCAUUGACCUUGUUCACUCCGACACGGACGCAGAGUCUACCCCCAAAGUGCACAAGCUGCCGCCUUUGGUUCCAGGCGCAAAAGUCAACCAAAAUGAAUGUGACAACCAAAACCAGACGAAGUCUGAAUACGAGCCAAAACAUCCCCGUCUCCCUUCUCCUCCUCUCGCCUUCCCGACCGGCCUUACCCCCAACCUGAAGGCACCCCACCACGACCGGCGCUCAGACACCACCUUUGGGCACAUGAGGCUGGCCCCGGUCGCCGGCUGUGCCAGCGGGACGUCAAGCUCGCCCCAGUGCUCCCCGGCACGGAGUCCCAGCCCGGACCUCGGGGACCAGGACCAGAGCACCCUGAGCUGCGCCCGGACGUCGGGCGAGCGCGGGAAGUGCAAAGGAGAGCGACGAGGCCCCGCUUACGCGCCUCAGACGUGCAGUGACCUGGAAAUGGAGGCCGAGCGGGAAAUCCUGCGCGGCAGAAGGGCUGAGAGGGAAGACGGCAUCGUGGACCCGGAGGACUCUCACGGGGAAUGCGAUGAGGAUGACGACGACGACGACGACGACGACGACGACGACCAUUCGUCCAGGGGCUCACGGAGGUCCAGCCUGGCCAAGAGGAUUGCAAACUCCACGGGCUAUGUGGGCGACCGCUUCAAAUGUGUCACCACAGAGCUAUAUGCAGACUCCAGCAAGCUGAGCCGGGAGCAGAGAGCCCUGCAGAUGGAAGUCAUAUCACAAGAGGAGAGUAAUAUAAGUCAACCUGCUGCUAACUGGGAGCGGGCGAUGAUGCGGUUCUCGGAGCUGGAGCUGAAGGAGAAGGAGGGCGGCGGUGUGUGUGUGUCUGCGCCGGGUGCGGGACGCGAAUUGGCAGACUGCCAGCGAGAGCAAAUGCUGGAACACGGCCAGCUCACCGCCAGGCAGGCGGAGAGGGAGGGGGUACGGCCGGCCUACGGCAACAACCGGGUCCCGGUCCUGCAGCGCUGCGGCGGGGCCCUCCGGGAGCCCCUGCUGGGAGGGCAGGGCCUGGCGGACGGGGCCAGGAAAGGUGCGCGGGAGGCCGACAUCGGACACGGCGUGCCCCCCACCUUGGCACCGGCUAAUGGGCACCUCGUGGAGCGGGGCGCUCCCCCCGGCGUGGGGCCCGCCAGGAAGCGGCCCCCUUUGCCCCGAGGCCGGGGAGAGAGGCCGCAGGAGGCGGAGGGGGAGGCGCGGGGGGAGCGGGACAGGACGUCCCACCCAGAGAAGAGAGCCAAGCUUUGUACUGCCACUAUUGCCCCCUUUCUCAUCUUUCUAAAUCGUCGACUGACUCUAGAUUUCAGGUUGUGUGUGGCGAGAGCAGAGAUCCUCCCCGGGACGACCACCGGCCGGCCUUCCCCCCCCGACGAGGAGGAGGAGGAGGAGGAAGAGGACGAGGACGUGAGGAAGCUGAAGGUGUGCAUCGAGCUAAAGGGGCUGAGGCUCAGCAAGCCCAACGCCCUCGGCGCUGCCUCGCCCGACCGGGCCCGACAUCAAGCAGGAGCGGGCGUGGCCCCAGCCCAUCCCCGCAUGUCGGGCCAGGCCCCCAGCCCCUGGGAGAGGAGGGCCCGACCCGGCGGCCCUGAGGACAAGGCGGCGGCGGCGGCGGCGGCGCAGAGAGCGGAGAUCCACAGGAAGUGGGGCUGCGAGAGGUCGUCUAACGGCGGCCCUGUCGCCCCCGCCCUCCCCCCUCCCGGCCAGCCCAAGGACCGAGAGCCCCCGCUUGCGCCCGUCGCCGGGGACCGGCCGUGCGGGCCCCGGGACGUCAGGAGGGCGCCCCCCUCGCCCGCCUCCUCGGACCACCUGGGUGCCGGGGACCCCGUCGCCGUCAAGCCCCGUCGCCACAGCGACGUGGACAAGCCCAAGGGCAAGCGCCCCUGCAAGACCAAGCACACCAGCCAGAGGGAGCGGCGCCGGGGGGAGGCCCCGCCCACCGGCCCUCGCUGCGCCAGCGACCCGGGGGCCGCGGUGGACGACGACGACGACGGCAACAACAAGUCAAGCGAGCAGCGCAGCGCCGCCAGGAGGAGCGCCGCCUCUCCCGAUCAUUACCCCGGCUCUCCGGUCAAGCCCUGCUCCCCUGGCUGCCCGGCCCCGCCGCCCCCCCCACAGCCCCAGGCCACCGCCAGGGGGGCCGCCCCGGCCGAGGGAGCGGGGCCGCCACGCAGGCCCUCCCCCGCCGAGCCCCCCGCUGUGCGGCCCGUUCCGCCGGAGGCACGGCGUCUGAUCGUGAACAAGAACGCCGGCGAGACCCUGCUGCAGAGAGCGGCGCGGCUCGGCUACGAGGAGGUGGUGUUGUACUGUCUGGAGAACCGCGUGUGUGAGGUGAAUCACCGCGACUACGCGGGCUACUGCGCGCUCCACGAAGCCUGCGCCCGCGGCUGGCGCACCAUCGUCCAGCAUCUGCUGGAGCACGGGGCGGACAUCAAUUGCAGCGCCCAGGAUGGCACCAGACCGAUCCACGACGCUGUGGAGAACGACCACCUGGACGUGGUGCGGGUGCUGCUGUCUUACGGGGCCGACCCCACCCUGGCCACCUACUCCGGCCGCGGGCUGCUGAAGAUGACCCACAGCGACAACAUGGAGCGCUUCCUCAUCGAUUAUUUUGCUGAUCUCCAGGGCCGGCCGGAUGACGACCCGGGACUUUAUUGGGAGUUCUACGGCAGCGCUGUGUGCGAGGCCGGCGAGGAGGGCGGGGCCUUCGACAUCCUGGCGGACCCUCCCGGUCCGGACGAGGAAGACGAGGAGGAGGACAAGCGGGAGCUGUUUGAGUUUGAGUUCUCCGACCGGCCCCUGCUGCCCUGCUACAACAUCCAGGUGUCCCUCUCCCAAGGGCCCAGGAACUGGCUGCUGCUGUCGGACGUGCUGCGGCGGCUCCGCAUGUCGGCGCGGGGCUUCCGGCAGGCCUUCCCCCACCUGGAGGUGGUGACGGUGGCGGAGGCGGAGUUCUACCGGCAGGCGUCGCUCUCCCAGCUGUUCAACUGCCCCGACGAGCUGGACGCCUUCCAGCCCGACAGCAAGGAGCUGCUGGACCUGGUGGAGGGCGGCGCCGAGCUGGCCGCCCUGCUGGGCUCCACCCUGGAGUGCCUGGACGGCCGCUGGGAGCUGCCCUCGGUGGACCGCUUCAAGGAGAAGAUCAAGACCAUCGGCCGGCUGGGCUCCUCGUGACCCCCGACCCCGUAGGGAGACUGUUUGCCGAGGGAGCCGAUCGUGGGCGGUGGCGGUGGAGGUGGAGGUGGUGGUGGUGGUGGUGGUUGAGAGGGGGAGGGAUGAUUUCAUAGCCUUACACGUCGUUGCCGUGGCGCUGCAGGCCCCUGCUCUGGGGUCAGGGCCGGGGCGCUGUACUGAAGGACAGACAGACGGACGGCUGGCUGAUGAAGCCGCUGAAAGAUUUCCCUCCAGCAAGCGAGCAUUGAGGAAAUGCAGACUUAUGAAACUUAACAACGGUCUUAUUUUUAUAAGUGGAUUAAUAUAUGUAUAAAAAAAUAUAUACAUCUAAAAGAGUUUUUUUCUGUUUGUUUCUCAUCACUCCUCUGAUAAAGAUUUUAUGGAAGAUGUCUGAAGCUAAACUUACAGACAGUGUGAGGACACAGCACGUUGUGCUUUAUGUUGCUGUUCAGCAUAGAUUACCGAGGCAGUUCUGUUGAAUGUGGCAUUUGUGUUUAUAGGAAGCACACGAUGUAUUUUCCCCUCCUUAGCGCUGUAGCGCUUGCUUGAGCCUCAGGGGCUGUCGUUUUGUUUUUUUAACCGAUGUUAAAAUUUUGCCCUUAAUUUAGUCUCUAAUUUAACAUGGAAACUACAAAAUGUGUUGUAUAAUAAAGUUUUAAGAUGUUGAUAUUCACUCUUCGGCACAGAGCUUGUAUAUAACAGGGAGGCUAUUGCAGUAAAGUAAUUUUUGGUGUGUCAUUUUUUGUUUUAACUUUGUAAUUAAAAUAUCUCAUUUGUAUUUAUAUUUUACAAAAAAAGUUGCUUUAAAAUAAAUAUACAACUGCAAGACGAAA